UUCGUGUUUAAUUAUUUUAGUUUUAUUCCUCUGUGAUAUUGUGAUAUAGAAUCUCAUUAAAUAAAAUGUUAAUUUUGACUUUCAUUUGGAUAUUAAUUGUUCGUUUUCAACAAGAAGUGUUUUCAUUAUGCACUUUACCAACACAGUUUCAAAACUCUGUAUGGAUAGACAGUGAUAAAGGGGAGUUGGUGUUUGAUACUGUUAACAUGACAGGAUGGGAUUUUCGAGACAAAGGCGGUACCCUAUAUGAGGACUGGCAAUGUUUCAAUACAAGCACAGUCGGAACAAAAUUGUAUCUGAUUAUGGUAAACACGCAGAAUGUGGUGUUUCUUAGCGACGAAUUUACACCUUACCUGUGUAUGGAACUGACAGAAAUCACCGCCAAUUCAUAUUACUAUUAUUUGGGCUGGGCCGAAGAGGAAAAGUACAGAGAUGAAAGAAUUUCUGCAACAUAUUCAACAACAGUUGUGUCCGAUCCUGUAGAUCAAUUGUGCCUUGAUUUAACUAAUCCUUUUCAUGCUGCUGCUUACCCAGAUACGGGAGAAUAUCAUGUGUUGGUCAAAAAAGGAAAUGAACUUGACGCAAAACAAGAAUGUCCAUCAACAUUUUUUGGCGAAUAUUCUUACAACGUCACUGAUAUAGCUGCUAAUACAGACUAUUGUGGUACAGGAGACGAAGUUUGGGAUGUUUGUACAGAUUAUGAACAAAUGACAUUCAACUAUACCAUCUGUAAUACAGAGAUAGCAUACUCUGGCAACGGCAGUGUGUUCUGUUUAGUGAGCAUUACAUCAGGCAGUUACACAUAUCAUACAGUAUACAAUGAAGAUAAUACUGCUGAUAUAUCCAGUGGCACAUACAGAUUUACCUGCUUGAUGUCAAGCAUAGCCUCUGACGGAAGCCUUAAUGUAUCACAAACUCCAGGAAGUUGUAAAAAGAGCCAGACACCCAAUGACCAACCCGUGUUUGCUUAUAACAGUUCUACGGCCGGACUAAAUCUGCAACUUACACCAAGAAGAUUGUGCCGUAAGUGUUACCCAACAUUUCGAUAACUAUACUUUCCAUGCAUUGUGUUUUAUUUGUGCGAAUUGUGUUUUUAUUAACAUCAUCCAAUGCGAGCUUAAAGUUUUGGCUAUAUAUCUAGUCAGUGGUGUUUG